ACGGACUAGUUGGGAGUCUAGCGACCAAAUCGAGUCGAAGACUCGAAGUUCGCACACCGCCGGCCACGCUCACUAUUCACCAAAAUCUCAGUGAGCCACCGUCCUCUCUCUCUCGCCAUGGCCUCCGGAGAGCAACCUCCGAAGAAGCGAAAGCUGUACGAAGCUCAACCAGAGCCACCGUCAUCACCGCCGUUAUCUCAGCCACCGCCACCGCCACCGCAAACCCUAGCCCCUGCCCCGAGCGUCGGAGCUCCACAAUCUAAUGAAGAAAUUCUUAAUAAACGUAGACACAGAGACGAGAUUCGAAGCGUUUACGAGUGCUAUAAGCGGAUUAAGUUUUGCCUUUCCAAGAAUGACUCUGCUCUCACGCCUGAGCUUGAGCAAGCUUAUCUCUCUCUCAUCACUGCUUCCAGAGGUUGUACGAGUGUACAACGUAUUGUGGCUGAUCUCAUUCCUCGAUAUGCUUCAAAAUGCCCAACUGCUCUUGAAGCCGCAGCAAAAGUUGUUAUCAAUAUGUAUAACUGGAGCAUGGCGGUAAUAAAUAGAGGAGAGGAUGCUGAGAGUGUUGCAUUUCAGACAGCUAAAUCCUGUAUUCUUGGUCUAUCUGAUAUUUGUUGCACUGCUUCUUCAGUGGCACCAACAUCAUCUGUCAUUCGGGGUAUUUGCUCUACAGUUUUCCAGAAUGUGCUCACCUUUUUCAUAUCCACCUUUGAGGGAAAGGAUGUCUUUAUGAUUGUUGGGAAAGAAACUGUGAGAAUACAAGAUUCUUCUGAGAUUUUUUCUGAGCUAAAGCAUAAGAUAUCAGAUGAAAAUGAAUCUUCACCGAUUAAAUUAUCCAAGUUAUGCGCUCUCAGUUUACUCUGGAUUUUCUUUUGUUAUCCUAAAGAAUUACUUUCAGCCUGGUUCGAACUCUUCAAAUCCAGUGCAUCAGACGGAGUUCAGAAAGGGCAGUAUUUCCUAAGUCAAAUGACAAGCAGGCUUGAUAAUGAUGGUGGCUAUCCUUCUGAUAAAACUGGUGAUGAACCAAAAUCAAGUACAGGUUAUAGUGAAUCUAGCACCAGAAGGGAUGAGGUUAGCUCUGAGCAGCUAGCAUCAUUUGGUGCCCAAGUCUGUGGAGUUGCAUCUACAGUUAAAAACAGCUGCUUGUUAGGACUGGUUCUUAGCAAAGAUCCGUCAUUGCGAAGUUGGAUAUUCUCAAAGUAUAAGAAGUUGUGCAAGUUGCAGUCUUUCAAGGCGUUAUCUGAUAUUAAAUCUUCUUUGGAGGAUGUCUUUAAAUCAUUUGUAGAACAAAUGGAUGUAGAAGACAAUCAGGUGGAUAGUGAUGAUGAUGAUUCUGAUCCAUCCAGAUUUAUUGAACGAGCAUAUCUGGUGCCUAGGUUCUCUAACCAACAUGAAACCUGUAGUGAAAUAUUUGGAAAAGAUAGUAAUUUAAGGCCUAAUGGUGGAUCGUAUGAUGAUGUUUAUUCUGACAGAGUUUCAGGCCAACAUCUGAAACCUCGCAGCUCUAUAAUCCCUCUUGAAACUAAUAUUGUGGGUUCCAAUCAAGACAGUGGGGGGACAAGGUCCACAAACUGUGAGAUGAGGGAGCAUGGAGAUAUGUCACACGGCAGGUCUUCCGUGCCCAGGGACCUAAUGAACCACCAGGUGCUUUCACCUGUCACAAGAUCUCCAUUAGACUUCAGGAGUAAUUCAUUUGAUGGGAGAAAACAUGUUCAUCUUGAGAAGAAUCAAGAUGCAAUGGAUUUUGGAUCACCUCUCCAGAGAUCUUCAAGUGGAGGCGUAAAUAGUUCUUUUGAAUCUCCUAAACCUCAUCUGGUGUCACCAUAUACUUCCACACCAACUCAACCUCAUUUGGUGUCACCAUAUACUUCCACAACAACACAAAUUGUUUGGUGCUCUGAUGGGGAUACUGGAGCCAUGGAUAUUUUCUCUGCUUCUAAACAGCUCUGGCUGGGUUUCUCAGGAUCUGAUGCAUCUGAAGCUCAUGUAAGGUUUCAGUUAGAGAGGUUUGGUGUGAUAGAACAAUUUAUUUUCUUCCCAAUCAAAGGAUUUGCCUUGGUUGAGUACAGAAACAUUCUGGAUGCUGUAAAGGCUCGGGAAUAUAUGCGCGGACACUUUCCUUGGCACAUAAAGUUUAUGGAUAUAGGACUGGGAACUAGAGGUGCAAUGAAUGGUGUUGCAGUUGGUUCUAGUUGUCAUGUUUAUGUUGGAAAUGUUUUAAGCCAAUGGGCCAAGGAUGAGAUUCUGCAUGAAUCAAGGAAAGUGCUUUACAAGGGUCCUUACAUGAUCACUGAUCUUAGCAAUGAAGGUGCAUUACUGAUGGAAUUUGAUACCCCUGAAGAAGCUGCUGCUGUAAUGGCACAUCUCAGACAACAUCGCAAGGAAAGGAGUAAUUACAGGCCACCAUAUAGUGCAGGGCCAACUAAUGUCGUAAUAUCUCAAAUUGAUGGUGCAAGAUCUGUGCCUACCCCUACCCACAGAAGCAACAACCCUGGAAACAUGUCUAGUGGUCAUGUUGCUGCACCAUUCUCAGUAAAUCAUGACAGCCAUCCCAUGGAGCUUGUAUCCCCUAGAGUAAAGUCUGAGAAUCAGGGGAAUUCAGUACAGAGUGGGUAUACGUUUCAGUCAAACCGAGCUGUUACUGGCAGUACAGAGAUGCUUGAAGCUGGCACCCAAAAGGUUGAUGGUUAUGACAAUAACAUAGCUGUGGUGGAUCCUUCACAAGGAGGUAGUCAUGUUGCUUCUCAUGCCACUGAACAAAACUGGAUGUAUGCCAAACCUGGAACGGAGCUGCAUUCUGCACCAGGGAGCAUUCCAUGCAUUCCUGUGCCAACACAGGGACCCUCUGUCCCACCUCCACCCCAAAUCCAAUCAUCUCCAUUUAUACGACCUAUUUACCUCCCUCCAAAUAGUUCCUGGGAUCCACGGGGUGUAAAUCAUAAUCCUCCUUUGAACCCAAUCUCACCAGGUGUAAUGCCCAACAGUUUUCAUGGUAAUGCUAUUGUAUCUCCCUUCAUUCCUGCUUCAGUGACUCCACUUGCACAAGUACAAGGAACUCCAGCACAGCAAUUUGACCAAAUGUUUUCAGUUCCGACAGUGCCACCACCAUUAUCAUCUCUACCACCUCCUCUGCCUGAAAUGCCACCUCCAUUGCCCCCAUCUCCACCACCUUUGCCUCAAUCGCAGCCACCUUUCGUUCCUCCUCCUCCACAUUCACCUCCUCCACCUCUGCCUGUUCCAGAAUCAUCUGGAGUAGAAAUUCCUGGACGAUGCUUGCAAUAUCGGUGGCAAGGAGUGUUGUGUAAAAGUGGUGUUCAGUACUGUACGGUUUAUGCAUCUAGGGUGGAUUCUGAUAUUUGCAAAUAUUCCAAUGCCAUUUCAGAACCUGUAGAAUGGCCUGCUAAAUUAGACAUGACCAAGCGUACAGAUUUUCGGCAUGUGAAAUCAACAUUUACUAGCACCCCACCACAUAAAAGGGAGGUAUGUCGAUUAAUCCCAGCUUCUGCAGGCGACCAUAAAGGCUUUCAGGAUUUCAUUUCGUACCUGAAGCAGAGGGAGUGCUCGGGCGUGAUAAAGAUCCCUGCCGUGAAAUCCUUAUGGGCGAGGCUUCUCUUCAUACUUCCACAUUCGAAUGACACUUGCUCCAUGCUCUCUAUUGCACCCACUCCACCGGAUUCCCUCAUUGCUUUAAUAUUACCUAAAGAAACCAACUUUGAUUGGUGAUGUAUUAAUUCGAUCGGCUUCUUCUACAAAGACAUGUCGAACCGGCACGCUCAGACAAGGCAACCCGGGAACAAGGGUUUCGCCAAAACCCAAAGGGUCUUCGUCCCCAAGAAUCAAGACCAAAAUCCAGGCCCUAAAGAGCCCACGCUCUCCAGCUCUCUCAGGCAAUCGCUUGCCACUCAAUCCAAUGCCGAAACUGCCACCGUUGCUGCUGCGGCGCCGUCGGCAAGUAGGGUUCGGAUGGGAGAGAAAGGAGAGUGGGUGUCCAGCAGAGCUCACGGUGGUAAUUUCGUAAAUUACUUGCCCCAGGAUGAGGCGGUGGCGGCUGGGCUCGGCGCCGACGAAGGUGGAUUGGAUGCCCUGCAGUCUCAGAGAGUUGUGGAUCUUCUUAACAGAGAGCUCUCUCGCUUGCUCAAGUUGAACCCGAAGGAGUUCUGGAGACAAGUGGCUAGUGAUACUUCCUUGCAUGAAUUUCUGGAUAGCUUCCUACAGUUCAGGAGCAGAUGGUAUGACUUCCCUCAUCGUGGAGCCAAAGAAAUGGUGGCAGGGGUCAUUGUUGGGGAGUUCGAAUUAAGCCGGCGUGUUUUUAUGGCAUUGUAUCGCAUAUCCUCUAAUAGGGAUCCCGGUGCACGUGCUGCUGAUAGUCUCAGUCCAAAAGACCAUGAAGUUCUUUUGCAGGAGAAGAAGUUGCUUGACCUGCCUAAGUUGCUAGACAUCUGUGCUAUAUAUGGUCAUGAAAAUGAAGAUUUGACCAGUGUGUUGGUUGGAAAUGCAGUGAAAGCACAUACUAGAAUACAUGAAAAUUUGACUGCAGUGGCUUCACAUUUCCUUAGCAUUGUUCAAACAAUGUAUCAACGUAGCAGUACAGCUUUGGAGGCCCUUUUUUCCUCUGGAAACCCUGGAGACCAGGGACCCAGCCUUCUUACUGAUCUAUUGGAGGUUAUGGACUUCAUAAACGACGCAAUUGUAUCCAUGGACGCUUUACUAACUGCCUACGAACCAUCAGCUGUGUUCUUUUUGUGCCCUGUUGAAACGAGUUACGGGAACGACGCAUUACUAAGCACUCUAGCAAGGUUGCAUGAUUCAUUACUUCCAUCUUUGCAGCGUGGGUUUCGAAUAAUUUCAAGUUCAACAGCUUCAGAAGAUAAAAUGGUGUCUAAUAUUGCUAUAAGUUUGAAAAUGUUGUCAAUGAGAAUCGUCAAGUUUGGUUGGAAACUCUUGGACUUAUGCUAUCUAAGUGAGGAGGUCUUCAAAGAUAACCUUCCCAUUCCAUCUGCUGCAGAGAUGUUCCCAGCCAAAAUAGAGGAUCCUUUCAUUAGGGCAGAUAUAUUGGUUCAAACUUUAAGAGAGAUUAACGGAAUUUCAGUAUGUGCUCAGGAAAACCAGAAUAGGCAAACCUUUCUUCAAAAUGUUGAGAAGAACUUCAACAUUUUGAGCAAAAUGGAGAACUUACAAAAUAACAGAUGGAUAGUCAUGGAUGAUGAACAGCUAGGGUAUGUAUCCGGGAUACUGAUGAGUUCUCACAAAGUCAUUGUUAAGGAGCACCCCAGUACGACUGUCCCUUUAACAAACAACAAGGUGCAAAUAGAUGAAGAUGUUGCAAUUGUAGAGUCCAGAAUCAGUCAAAUAAAGGACCUCUUUCCUGAUUAUGGCAAAGGGUUUUUAGCUGCCUGUCUAGAAGCCUACAACCAGAAUCCUGAGGAGGUGAUUCAGAGGAUUCUUGAAGGAACACUUCAUAAAGAUCUGCAGUCCUUGGACACUUCACUAGAAACAAUGCCAGUAUCCAAGAAUGCCACUGUUAGUAGGAAUGAUAAAGGGAAAGGAAAGCUAGUUGAAUUUGCAGCACCACCCGCCACUAAUACAGUGGCCGUUGCUAGGGAUAAACCAAACAGCAGCUCUUCAGUUUCAUCUUCCUCUACACAGGGAAGGUUUGUUAGGAAGUCUAAAGAGGACUUGCCUGAUUCUGAUAUCCUUGAUAACAGAAAUGCAGAGUACACAGCAAAAACUGCUGCUCUUAUUUCGAAGUAUGAAGAUGAGUAUGAAGAUGAAUAUGAUGACUCUUUUGAUGAUCUAGGUCUGAGUGUUGCAGAUUCAGGAGUCGGGGAAAGUGAGAUAUUUAGUGAAAAAAGUAGCUCAAAUAUGGGUAGGCCUUUUGAAAAGCAAAAUGAAAGUUCAUCUCAAAGUGCUCCUAGUUCAAAAUGGGGCUCCAGGCAGAAGCCCCAGUAUUAUGUCAAGGAUGGUAAGAAUUACAGUUACAAAGUUGCAGGUUCAAUUGCAGUUGCAAAUGCUGGUGAAGCAUCAUUAAUUACAGAAGCACAGCAGGACAUGAUUCAUGGCCUUGGUCGCGGCGGCAAUCUUCCUCUUGGUGCGGUCAAGAAGCUGACGGAGUACUCUGAGGAGCAAAACAAGCAGUUUGAUAUUCCUCAGAUGGAAGGGAGAGGGAGAGGGUUUAUUGGGAAUGCCAGGGGCAGAGGAAGGAAAGGAGGAAGACAAAGGGAUUCCAGUGAGGAGCAAGAUAAUAAGCAAAAUGAUGCUUCUGAAGUUGAAGGCCAAGAGAAUACCGAGAAUCAAAGGGGAGGAAGGGGAAGGGGACGGAGAGGAGGCGGAGGGGGAAGAAAUUUCAGAAAGGACAGGGCCAUGAAUAAGCACUUUUCUGGUUUAGGUGGCUCUUAGGUAUACAGGAUUACAGUGAUUAUCUGCCCUACUUGUAGUUUUGGGAAUGGUUUUAAGCAUGAGAUCUUUCGAGAGUUUCAAAUUACUGUAAAUUUUGGUUACAUCGAUUAAUUAAUGAGUUAUAUGCAUCAAAAUGAAGGAUUAUCGGUGGUUUUGAAAUAACCUGUGCCUUCUCUUGUAUCAAAACCAUUAAUGGUGCAAAGGCAGUCUAUUUUUAUA